UACUGCACAAACGUUUCCGAUAGAUACAUGGUCUUGCAAUUAUGCACAUAUGAGCAGUGGGAUCUUCAAACGCUCGACCCUUCUAUUGUGGCUCUGUGCUGGACUAAUGAUCAGGCAAAAAUGGGGGCGCUUUUAUGCCAGAGUAUGGAUUUUUACAUCACGAUUUUCUCCAACAGCGAAAAUACCUGGAUAAUACCCAACUGUACUGAGGUAACAACAUCUCUCCCGAACGACAUUAACACGCUAGUUGCAGAAAUGUGCCGUUACUCUGAAUGGAGCAACUUGAAGACAAUCUCGACGGAUCAAAUAUCCCUGUGCAUACAAUAUGAUGAGCCUCAAUUUGUGAGCCAGGUCUGCACCAACACCUCAUUCCUCAACGCCUUAGUCCUCAAAAUGGGCAGUGAUUGGGUGCAAACAUAUUGCACACUCUAUAUUAAAAGUUCUUCAUCAGUUCCACCUGUAGUAUCAAGCACCACUAUACCUCCAGCAACUCCACUGAACUCGAUCAUUUCAUCAUCAGUUUCUCCAACAAACACCUCAGCAGUGGCAGCCUCAUUUUCUAGCACAACCCUUUCUCCAUCACUUGUCCAAACAACCCCAUCAACAUUCACCACUCUUUCUCUUACAACCCCUUUGAAUUUUACAAAAGAAUUCUCCUCCAGUGUUGAUCUUUCUCCAUCAAAAGUACCACCAUUGUCCUUCAGCAUCGCUUCUUCUUCCUCACCAUCCCCCAAUCUCAUUCUUUCUAGCACAUCAACCGCUUUCCUCUUGCUCAGUCCAUCUCCUUCGGCAUUAACAAACAUCCCAACAGCCUCUAACCUCAUCCUUUCUUCUUCUCUUAUCAAAGCCUCCCCAACUGUCUCCACCACCACUCGUCUUCCUGUCAUCAGUCCAACCCUCUCUGCUAGUGUGAACUCAACCUUCUUACCAACAGUAACAACCUCAGUAACUACAAGUCCACCGACUGCCUAUCCUACAAUUCCCGGCAUGUCUGAUUUGUGUAAAUAUUCCGUCUGGACUGUUUUACCUGUGCAUCCAUCAGUAAUUGGUCUAUGUUGGAAAUUUGACAUGGUAGCAUUUCAUCUUAAUGUAUGUUGUAACAUGACAUUGUUAGCUCGUCUAAUCCUCGACCCCCAGAACCAGUGGUUGAAAUCGGUGUGUUCUGAUAACGACACCUCAGACUUGCUUCCGAAAGUUUGCUUGUAUUCAGAUUGGACUAAACCAGGCAUCGUAGAUAUGACUGACCUUGCUCUUUGUGCUGAUCUCGACACGGCAAACUUUGUCCACAAAGUAUGCGCCAACACCACUGUCCUACAGAACCUCCUUGCCAAUUUGGACAACACCUGGUUGCUGGAGCAAUGCUCCAACCUCACUGGGUCUGGUAAAGAGAAUCUAAUGGGUUUCAAACCCUCUGAGCAAUGUCUGUAUGCAAACUGGACAGUUAAUGUUCCUAAUACUGCUCUUGUGGCACUCUGCUGGGAUUAUGAUCAAGCGAAUUUUAUCUCCUCAAUCUGUGGCAAGCCUGCUGUGCUGUCUCAUGUAGUUCAAGAUCCUGCCAAUCACUGGGUGAUUGCUUUGUGUGCCACCUGCUCAAACUACUCAAGGGUUGCCCAGUCUAACAACACAAGCAGCAGCAGCUCAAGUAAUACAAAUGGCACCGAGAGUCAACCGUGUCUGGUGAAAGAGAUUAUCAGCAGACUGAACUGGUCAUGCAGUAUAGACUUAAACACCGUUUGCCAGCCAGAUAUCCCUCAGCUUCAGGUCUUUCAGGUAUUUCUACGAUGCAGCGUGGAGUCUCUCCUGCCACGUGUUGAGAAAAUGAUGACUGAAGAGGUGACUUCAAUGGUCAAACAAGCAACCAGUUUGUGGGUAAUUCUGAUGCUUGUUAUGGAAGAAAAUGGGUUAACAACAUUGCAGGUGACUGAUAACAUUGGACAAAGCGUCCUGGACUCUGUGUCUGCUUUCCUGGAGCAGGAAACGAGCUUCAGCAAGAAGCAAGUGGUCCUUCAGUGCUUUGCGAAAGUCCUCACAAGCCUAAUGCAAACAGGAAGAGAUGUCUCCAGUGAUGCUUCAUUUUUUAUCAAGCAAUAUUUCCAGAUCCCUCUUACACGUCUGAGAGCCGUGCUGAGUUCAGUGGAUAUUAACACCAUGAGACUGAUUUUGCACUACUAUAACCGGAACAGGAAAUCUUGCAGCUGACUCAGAACUAUUUGCGCACCAUGUUGUCUGUGCUGAUCCAAACCCACCUCAAACAAGAUGCGGCCCUGUUUUAUGACCUUGUCCCUCUCCUGAGUCUUUCCCAACCAGAGGAAAUCAUCUCUCUCCCACCACUACAAACUAAUCUCAUAGCAAUAAACCUGAUUAACAGCAUCAUCCCCGGUUUAUCAUCGGAUCAGCGUCAGGCAUUCGGCUCAUGGUUUAGUCAGUCUCUCAGUGCUGCAAAUGUAACAGCAGGCGGCCCGUCCUUCAUCCAGGACUUUGGUAACCUGAUCGCGUACCUGCCGUUCCACAGCUUCCAGCAUCUCUCACCUGCUCAGGUCUUGAAUGGUCUGGAUGUUCUUCUAAAGAAUAAUUUGGGAGCUAUGAAGCAGCAGUUUGUAGCACAGAGUGUUUUUGGCCUAUACAAAAACCUCACAGCAGAACAGUUAAGCAGGUUAGCCAACCUGACAUGCCAAGCUAAUGUGGGUGACCUACUAGCAUAUGUGGGCACCAGUACGUUCCCGGUUAUCCAGGAGAACAUCAGGACGUGCAUAACACAUGGCACUAGCGUUCCGAGCUACAUGAUUUUCAGUGUGCUGUUUGUAAACGGGUCUGAGCUCCAGUCUCCUGCCACUCUUAGUCCUCAGAAGGUUUCUCAGCUUGUACCACUUCUACCUCUGUUGGGGGUGGAGUUUCUGCAGCAGCUCAGCCAAGCACAGCUUGUUCCUGUCUUAAGUGCUCUCACCUCUAUUCCCUUCACCCCUACACAGGCUGCUGUGAUCAUAGACAAGAUCUCCUCCAGCUUGAAUUUGUUUGAUACAGGAACUUUACCAAAGUUAGGCUCCCUACUGAGUGGAUUGAGAGUCGAGACUCUCUCGUCAAUGUCCUCAAGUGUCCUGCUUUCUGCCCUGUCCAACUUCAGCCAGUACACACCUAAACUGACUCCUCCACAAGUCAACACCAUUACUACAAAGCUCUGGGCUGCUCCAGCAAUGGUCACAUGGUUACAUGGGGUGGCACCUCUGCUCUCUGACACACCCCUUCUGUGUGUGAUGCCAAGAGCUUAUCUUCUGACCAACAGCACUGCUUCUUACACAUACACCUGGAACACACAACAGGCUAAAACUCUGUUUACUGAGGUCAUGAGAGGUUCAUCAAGUCUCACAGUGCAGCGUUUCAAGUCUUUGGGAACAGUUGCACAGGGCAUAAGCUGUAACGUUUUGGUGAAGCUUUUCCAGAAUUCUUUAUCCAUGUCCUCAAUCCGUGACCUUCUGCAGGUCCUGAGAGAGCAGCCAGUGCCUCUUCAGCCGUCAUUAAAACGGUGUUUGAUUGAAGAACUGUACAAGUCCAACUUCUUUCCCGAGCUGCUCGGUGAGAUGGGAGCUCAAAUCGCUCUGGCUAUCCCGAUCAGCACCAUUAAGACGUUCUCCACAGUGAUAAUGGACUCUCUGAGGAGAAUGUUUGUUCUGGAUCCUCAGUACUUCCUGCUUAUGCCUAGGAUCAAACAGAGCAUGCUGGUGGACAAGAUGGUGCAGAGCCUGGGCCUGAACACUGGUACAUACACUGAGGUGGAGUUUCGUUCAUUGGGAAUUAUGGCGACAUUUGUGAUGGACACAGUCUUUGUGCAGCUGGAAAGGAGAUUCUUCGUGGACAGCAUCGAGUUUCUCCGUGGCUUCUGUUAUAGUGCUAGUAAAAGAGACGCAGUGGCCUUGAUGAUGCAGGAAGCUGGAACAUUCGGCCCAGUCCAAAAGUGGAACGCAACAACCCUGAUUCAAGUAGACAGGUUCCUCUUCUUCCUGCCACAAGAGAUCAUUCAGCUAAUUCCUCCGGCUUUGAUGAGUCUGGAGCGUAUCGAGAGGCUGUUUAUCAGCCAGAAGCAGUGGGAAAGCAGCAACAUCGGCUCUCUGUGUGAACAGCGUGACGAUGACGAAGCGCUCUUAUCCAACAAACAGUUUGUGCUUCAGUAUUUCUCAGGCUUGCUGAAACCGGGACGCUCGUCACUCUCAGACUCCAGCACACCUCCAUCCUGUGAAAGUGUGCAGGUGACCGCGCCGGCUGUUUGGCCUGUAAUCAGCCUGGUGAACAUGUCCGUAUCGGCUUUCCGCCAGUGCCUUGAGCUCAUCGGUCAAGAUCCGUCCUUUACCUCUGACCAGCUCUUGCUACUGCUCCACAAAACCAAAGAGCUGUGUUUAGCAAGUAUAAAAUGGGUAUGCCAAAAAGGUGUCACUAAAGAUAACCUUAACUGCCCCCUACAGCGUCACUCUCAGACUCCAGCACACCUCCAUCCUGUGAAAGUGUGCAGGUGA